CUGCAACCUGUCUCAGCAGGGCAUCCGUGGCAUCGCGCCGCUUGCUGCAGUGAGUUUCCGGAAUGUGCGUGUCCUAGAUCUUUCCUGCAACCGUCUCACGACUGUGCUAGAUCAGCUACAAGCGGAACUUCCCUGUCUGGAGCAGCUCGAUCUCAGUUUCAACAUCAUUGACGUCGUGUCGCGGUCGCGUGGUAAACUGGAGC